UCAAUUCUGCUAAUGGUUUAGUUCGCAGCCGUCUGUAGAUACUAUAAUCGUGGGAAAAUAAUGACAGUUAUCAGUCGCACCCACCAAGUACCCAUAAAAAAUCUGUCCUCUGUUCUGGAAGAUGAUAAUUAUUGGUUGUACUACCAUUAUCGUUGUCGUUGUUGAUAGAGGAAAUCUUGAGGCAUUUUUUUCCACCAAAGUAAUUCCAGAGAAAUCACUUUAAAUUGGCCUAUUUUAGGAGGGGACAAGGGACCAGCUUUUUCCGUUAUAGCCUAAUAUUUCACAGAAAUCUUUAAAUCCAGGCAUCCGCAGCCACCAAGGCGCAUUGUGGCACACACGGCGUGAUGUCAGCUGCCUGCAUUUUACAACAAUUUUCUUUUACAGACUUGCAAGAGCAGUUUUCACUUCAAUUAUGCAAUUACUCUGAUAAUCGCAGUGAGGGAAUUUAACUGCCUUUAAUUUGUCAUUCAGGUGGAGAUGAUGGAGGGACUGCGGAUGGAGCAGCUCGGAUGUGUUUCUGCUCCGCGGAGAGAGAAAAGCUGCAGUCUGCAGGAGAAUCCUGAUGGCACGAGGACAUCCUGGAGACUUUCUUCUGCUUUGAGAGGAAGCAUGCUGCAGAGGAUGUUUGACCCCGGACUUAUCUGCUUCUCAUCCAUCAUGUUCUUCGGACCCAGCCCCACCGUCACCAAUCGGCUUCUCUCUUGGAGAAAGUGGACCAAUCAGUGACAGUCUUCGAUGAAUAUUCAUGAGUCCGAGAUUCAAACCUUUGAGCGAGUUUGUCUUGCUCCACAGCAUCACUCCAGGGACUUUUCACAGACACAAACUACAUUUUCUUAUGAAUGGAACGAGAAAAAACCAGUGCGGCUUAAAUUGGGACCCGUCCUUCAUCGAGAUCAUUGGAGGAAAACAACAAAAGCGAGACGAAGGGAACCGCCAGAAGAGAUGACAAUGACUACGAUUCCAGAAGGUCUUAAUAGCCCUGCCUCGGGAAAAGCAGUUUUCAUGGAGUUUGGACCCCCGAGUCAACAAAUGUCGCCUUCCUCCAUGUCUCACGGACACUAUCCCAUGCACUGUUUACAUUCUUCAGGUCACGCGCAGCACGACAGCUACAGUCCAGCCUCGUCGUUCCCCAGAUCUUUAGGUUAUCCAUACGUGAACUCCGUCGGCAGCCAUCCCACCAGUCCUUAUCUGAGUACAGUACAGAGUUACCAGAACAGCUCGGGGCUCACGCAGACACGACUGGAGGACACAGCGCCAGAACCCGAGAAGAACACGGUGGUGGAAGGCGGAGAGGUGCGAUUCAACGGGAAAGGGAAAAAGAUCAGGAAACCAAGGACUAUUUAUUCCAGUUUACAGCUACAAGCUCUGAACAGGAGGUUUCAACAGACUCAGUAUUUGGCUUUGCCGGAGAGAGCUGAGCUCGCGGCGUCGCUGGGUCUCACUCAGACGCAGGUUAAAAUCUGGUUUCAGAAUAAACGCUCCAAGUUCAAGAAACUGAUGAAACAAGGUGGCAGCACGAUUGACACCAACGUUUUAGCCACCGGACGUGGACUUUCGAGCGGUUCUCCUUCGGUGGCACCUGUUUGGACCUCGCCGGCCACCGUGAAGACGCCCGUGGGCACAACCGGAUCCUACAUCCCCAGCUACACCUCGUGGUAUCCAACCACACACCAAGAGUCUAUGCAACAGUCACAGCUGAUGUGAACAGAGACUGGAGCGUCAUGGAUGGGCCCUGCAGCCUGCCGCAUUUGAUGCGCGGCUCCGCAUUUUGUUGAUGCUCGACAAUAAAAACAGGAGAACUGCCGCCGCAUCCUGUGAGCUGACACCGAGGCCUCCCCAGACUGGAUAAUGACAAAGCAGAGGCAGGAGACGCAGAAAGAGGGGGGGAAAGGCGCAAAUGCAUCCAAGGCAUCGAGAGCUGAAUCAAAAAGACAAAAAAGAGAAAUUAUUUUAGCUGCUGACUGCUUUCAUGUCAGAUGAUUUCUUCUAAUUCUGAUUUGUGUGAAGAAUCCAGCUGUUGAUCUGCAAACGCGGGUUUUGUUUGCGCCAGAUGUUGGGUCUGAAGGUGACGCUGAGCUAAAACAGAAAAAGGCCAAUCAGACCGCAGCAGCGGGUCUUUAACCAAAUAACAGAUUCCAAAUUCCACAUCAUCAAUAUGCCUCACGUCGCUUUACAUUGUUUUACGUGUUUGUUAUUUAAGUUAAUUUAUUUAGACUGUUCUGUUUAGUCUGUGUUGAUUUUGUAAGAUGAGAACAACACAGUUGUUUCUGCUGCACUAAAGCUUUUCUAUGCCGCGCCCGGAUGUUGUGAAAAAAAUGUAACAGAUGGAUUCGCUGCUUUCAAACGAACAAAGAGAUAAAAAUCCCACGAAGAAGAGCAGCCGAUUUGUCACUGUACUUUGUACAUAAUUUCUGGAUUUGUUAAAUUUUUUGUUUAUUUUUUUGUGCUGUAUUCUGGCUGUGAAACAGGAUUUUAGGUUUCUGUGUACUCGUCCAGAUGUUGUUUAGUCCAUCAUUAGAAAAUAUUUAGUUUUGUAUUGAUCACUUUAAUUUAUUUAUCUGUUUCUGGAGUUUAUGUACAGAAAAAAGUGCUAAGUUUCAAAAGCAGUAAAAACGAUUUAAAUGAA